AUGCCGCGCCUGCUCCGUCCACCGACCCGUCAACUCUGGCAUCAACUUCAACAGACAAAUACAGCAGCCGUACAGCAGCAGCAGACCUACUCGUACUCUACCAGCUCAUCGGUAGCUUCGCCCACCAUGGCUUCCAUCGCCAACUCAGCUUCCGCCAAGCUCACCUCCACCGAGACCGGCUCCCAGGACGCGUCCGCUCCCAAGACCCCCAUCUCUACUACCUCAAUCGUCUCCAAGAUCCCCGGCCGGUCUACCAUUCCUGCAGAAGCCGCCUCGAACCCCCAUCAUGAGAUCAAGCGCGGUACUGUAGUGGGAUUCAAGAACCCUUAUCCUUCAUGGAGUGGUGCUCCAGGUUUCGGCACCAUGCUCCGACGGGUCGUCUGGCCUUCCAUCACCGGCGAUCUCAAGAUGCCCGAUACCAGCCCUCCUACCGUUCCCGUCGUCAAGCCCCAAUGGCUCCCUGAUCGUGAUAGCUCCGACAAGCUUCGCGCAACCUGGCUAGGCCAUGCCUGCUACUACGUCGAGUUCCCCUCAGGUCUGCGGGUGCUCUUCGAUCCCGUCUUCGAGGACCGCUGCUCUCCCUUUACCUUUAUGGGCCCCAAGCGAUACACCCCACGACCCUGCGAUAUCAAGGACAUUCCCAUCGUCGACGCCGUCGUCAUCAGCCACUCCCAUUACGACCACCUUUCCCACUCCUCCAUUCUAGAGGUCCAGAAGCACCACCCAGAAGCCCAGUUCUUUGUCGGCCUCGGCCUGGAGACGUGGUUCCGCAAGACGGGCAUCCACCACGUUACUGAGCUCGACUGGUGGGAGGAUGCCGAUCUCAGCGUGACCGUUCGAGACGGAGACCAUACUCGCGAGAUGACUGCCCGCAUCUCGUGUCUGCCCUGCCAGCACACAUCAGCUCGUACGCUCUGGGAUAAGGACACGACCCUCUGGUGCUCAUGGGCUGUUCGCGCCGACGAAAAGUCGGUCUGGUUCGGUGGCGACACUGGAUACCGUGCUGUUCCAGCCAUCCCUGCCGGAAUCGACGACUACGGUGCCGACUACGAAGCUCUCCCCAGGUGCCCACAGUUCAAGCAGAUUGGCGAGCUCCGCGGACCUUUCGAUCUCGGCCUGAUCCCCAUUGGCGCAUACUACCCUCGCGUGGCCUUCUCGGCUAUGCACGCCAACCCGUACGACUCGGUCGAGAUCUUUUGCGACACAAAGUGCACCCGCGCCAUGGGCAUCCACUGGGGCACGUGGGCGCUGACCAUGGAGGAGGUGCUCGAGCCGCCCAAGAUGCUCAAGGAGGCGUUGCGCAAGAAGAAUAUCCCCGAGGUUGGAGUCUUUGACAUUUGCGACAUUGGUGAGAGCAGAGAGUUUUAA